GCCUUUGGAAGCGACGUCGUGCGAGCAAAGGUUGCGGUGUGGCUGCGGGGACGGAGAUGCAGCCUCCGCCGCUGGAAGUUGUGCGGUGCUACGAAGCUCAGCUUCCCAGCUGCAUCCAUCCCCCGUGUCACGGCGGUUUGCCUCGCCGUGGUCUGAGGGAGGCACGGGGCUGGGUCGUCGUUUCGGGACCUAUUUCGUAGGCAUCUCUUAGAUAUCUGCGUGUUUGUUUUGCGCACGUUGAAAUGUUUCAGUGCUGUGCCACGGGUAUGGCAAAAUCCUGCUGUUGCAAAACCACCUAGCGCUCGUGAGGAACUUAUUUCUGCUCCGUACCUUUUGUUGGGUGAGGAAAUGGUGGUUGUGUGGUCACCAUAAGGCUGCGUGUGUCACGCUGAAGAAUUAUUUUCCUCCUUUUAAGCAGAUGGCAGUCUUAAAUGAAAUCCUGGGAGCAGUAGGCUUUAGCUCUGUCCUCUUCAGUGUUAGGUGAUUUUUCCAUAGAUCGUGAUUGAUAAUGACAGAGUAAGUAGAAUCAUCUUGUAAAGCAGGGAAGUUCUAACCCUUGUGAUUCUAGGAGCUUACUUUCCAGAUAGGAUCAGUGUGACCUUUUGCUGAUUCUCUACACGUACUGCUUCCGUGCCCAGGUGGCUGCUGAAGGAUUCGUGAGGCCCCAGUGAAAUCGAAGAUAACUGCUGUGCUCAGGACCCUGUGCAAAUUGCCAAAUUAACAGGAAUUAAUUGUGCAAGAUCUACCCACAUUUCUUCUCUGACAGCUUUUCUUUUGAUACUAUUCAUAGGUUUUCUAUGAAUAAGCUCAGAGACAGGGAAGGGGUGGAGGAAAACACGGGUCAAGGAAGUUGUACUCUUUCCCUGUGUGAUCAAAGGAAAGAUACUGAAGAAGAACAGUUCUGAUAGGUGUACCAGUGUUUUUCACCGGGGCAGGGAGAGCUGCUCCGAGAGCUUUUCCCUCCAGGCCUGUCUUCCUGGGUGUGCAUUUUGUACAUGGGACUGCUCUAAAAGUAAAAGUCUUGCUGAUGCAUUCUGCCAAUUACUAAUGUUUUCCUCACAGUCACAUUUAUCUGAUAAAACCCUCUGAUAACUGUAGCUCGUACUGGAGAGAUCUGGUCUGUGCUCUCGCUCUCUUCAGAUGGAAGAGCGUUUUUCUAGAAGAUAGCCAUGGCCCAGCUCUGGUUAAUACAUUUAGUCCUUUAGUAGUCUUCUGGUGAACGUUUCCCCUUGAGGUGCAGUAGAAAACUGUACCUGUUUUCCAAGUACUUACUUAGCUGUCUGGAGCUAAGCUUGAGAUACGUAGUUGGAAACGAGGAGGAGAGAUGGAAGUGCCAAAGGAAUGGCAAAGCUUGCAGGUCUAAACAAGCAAAGCUCGCUUGGUGCAAUUUGAAUUAAAGCAGAAUACAAAAAAGCCUCUUCUAUAAAAUCAAGCUGGUUGCUUCUUAUCUGGUGUGCAUUUUAUAUGGUGAAGUUGAGUCACUCUUGCUGAGAGAGCGUUUUAAGAACUAUGGUUAAAAAGCUUAGAUACUUUGGCACAGUGUGAUUUGCAAACUUAUGUAACUGGUAUGUUUUUGAAUGCAGCUGUCAAUAAGAGAUCUGAUUGCACUUUUCCCUUUUUAGUGGAACAAGGAAUAUAAAGGAGCUACUUUCACUUAAUGACCUAAACAUAAGUAAUUUAAGAAUAGCAUAUUUCAUACUAAAAUAUCAGCUUUGAUACUGGCUUUGUUUUCACAUGCUCUGAUGCUAAUUUAAAAUAUUAGCCAUUAGCCAAUGCUAAUGUAAAAGUGCAUUUACAUAAUUACAAGUUAUUUACAAACAAGUAAGCUUUGGAAUGGGAAGUUCUGCAAAAUAACUAUUUGUUUUGUCUCUGCAGACCUGCAACUCAUCUUAAUAAGGCUUGAAUAAUAUUGUUUGAAGUCGAGACAACAGCAGCUUAGCAGAGCUACACCUGAGCUAUGCAACAUGCCUUGUUACUGUUGUGUGUAGUUGUCUGUUGCUUCUCCAUUCUCUUAAACCAUACCUCACUUCUUUCCUUAAACAUUGGUGGAUCUGUAUAAUCUGUAGCUCUUCUUAAAUGAUUAAACCUGUGGUCAGAUUUAUUCUUUUGAAAAUUAAGCUAUUUCUGAAUGUUGGUUUGUUGUUGGAUUCUUAAUUGGUUUGAUUUGUGUUUGUCAUAUGAUCCGUAUUUCAGUUAAAAGCAGCAGGAUAAGAAGUAAACUUCUCUAAAACUUGAGUAUGUUUAACUGUAGUGUUCUUCAUUGAAAGAAUGACAAAUUGCAAACUACAAAGUACAGGUAGAAAUGUGAUGGAACAGAAAACCUGUUCUUAAAAUGUUUAGGAAGUCCAAUAUAUGUACAUAAAGUUUAAGAGCCGCUGUAUAAAAAGCUGUUUAGAAAGAAUUUGUGUAUUUGAGCCAUGAUGUGGUAUGGAUCUGUGAGGGCAGCAUUGCCUCCUUGGGCCUUCUUGUUGUUGCUCCCUUUCCUGUCUGUCUGUGAAGGAACAACCUCAUAUUUGUUAAGACUUAAUACUGUUAGAGUAAAUCAUUUAAAUCUUUAAGAUUAGAAAGAACAUUGUGAUUGGGAUAGGAGAACAAGUGAGAUACCAUGCUAACUGAGGGAGCGUGCUGAUUUUUGUUCCUGGAUAGAGGUGAUGUCCUGCUGAGUGCUGUAGGUGUUAAACCACUGCUGUAGGGUCUGUCUGUCUCUGCUUCUGUCUGCCAAGCUGUGCUCUUGUUAAGCCACAUACCAAGUUAAAGGUGUCUGUCAAGUCUCUGUUUUUGUAUUUCUCUUUGUGAGUUUAAGCUGAACAGGCCUUUGUUUAACUGGAUGUUCAUUUAAUUUUUUUGUUGUUCUUUUCACAUACCAGCAAAAUUAACUAAUGGUUAUUUCAGCUUGCUACCAGAGUCUGCAGAACAAAGUGUGUUUAUAAAUCUCUCAAACAUUUGCCCUGGGUUUCUUAACAGCUCUUCUAAAAAGGUGUUCAUAUGUGACCAAAACAACAGAAUAAACACUUCCUCCAUCUAUAAAUCAUACCAAUGAAGUAAGCUUCUGCUGUUUAGAAUGUAAACUUUAGAGCAGUGUAUUAGCAAAAGAGCAUGUUAGGACUAAUAUGAAGGGAAAACAAAGCUGGCUGAUCAGGUUUCAGUAUUGAAAUUUGGAGAAAUGCUAAAAGUUUGCCCAUAAAGGAGAAAGUAUCAUGGAAUCAUAGUCUUUUCCAACCUGAGUGAUCUUAAAGAUCAUCAAGUCCAACCACAACCUAACCAUGCUACCCUAACUCUGACAGUGUUAGCUUCUUGGUUGCUAACACCUCAGUUCUUGGUUCAGGUGAGAAUAUUUUAAGGGAUUAAAAAAAUGUCUUAAAUCUUCCAGGAAAAUCACAUGUAAACCCAAGAAACUCAAGUAUAAUGUGACUGUGUUCUGAUAGCUGCAGUUUAAAUAAAGCAAAGCACUUAAAUGUGCUUACGCUGAUACGCAGUGUGCAGCUGAAUUAUGUGAGACUGUUUGGAUGUGUGAUGUAACUCUCAUACUUACGUGCCUUACUGGAUUGUGACCCAGGGGAUGAAAUGUGCUUUCAUGUCUGGGUCUCAACUGUGACUUGAAAGAUUUUCUGUAGCUAUGCUUACCAUUUACACUGUCUGUACUCCUCGUAUGGAAUUUGCAUGGCAGUCUGAAUUCUCCUUGGCCACGUAUUGUGGCUGUUUGUGCAUAACACUCAGCUGGUUUUAGAUUAAGGGAAUACCCUAAAAAUCAGCAGCCAUGGGAGCUGUGUAAUCUGUGCCUAAGCUGUUCGUGUUUGGAGAUGAUUAUAAGGAGUUCGCCAGUUGUCUGCUAAGUUAUGUAAAACCAAUCUUUAGGAAGGGAUUCUGAAUGCAGAGAAAUGUGGGCAGGUGAAUGGUUAAGUAUUAAACUGUAGAACACUGCAUUAAGGGAGAAUCAGUUCCUACCAGUAAAUGAUUUUCUUGUAUUCCUAAUCAAAUACAGUAAGUAUUUUUGGACAGACCCUUCUUACAGAUCCAGUACAGCCUCUGUCUGUAAAGAGCUGUUCUGAGGCUGUCAAGUCAGGCCUGCUGAGCUUAGGAAAUGCUGGCAUUCACACCGCUUAAACUUCUGAAGAGCAGGUGAAUUCCUCAGGGUCCUGGUUCAGUGACCGGGGUAUUUCACACUGCAGCAAGAUCAUGUUUGGGCUCAGGAGAGCACCACCUCCCUGCCUCGUUCAUCACAGGUAACCCUCUUAGCUCUGACUGUGCUGACAGUGCCAGAGGUGAGCUUGGUAGGCUGCUGGGCUCUCAGAGGAAAGCCUUCUGUCCUGGAAGUCCUUGUCUGCACGGAAAGACUACAAUUGACUUUUUUUCCUUGGAUUUCUUUUUUUAAAUAGACUUGGGGAAAAAAAUAUCUGUAUUCUAGCAGUCAUUUACCGUCCUCUUAAUGAGAGAGGAAUGCUAGGGAUGUGAGGGCAAAAUGGCUUUGUUAAAUAAAAGCUCUCUGCGUGUGCAGAUGACAAACUCCAGCUUUUCCUAAGCUUUGAGGAUUUGACUUCCAGGUCUUACUGUGCUUCUGGCAUCGUUUUGAUGUAAUUUCCUUGCAAGCAAGGCCAGGUUACAGCUGUGCACUUCAGAACAUUUCCUAUUUUAUUCCUGUUUUACUCUCAUGUGUAGUCAGCAGGUUUUAAGUCUCGUGUGCUGCUUUUCAUGUAUCCUCACCAGAAUAGUGGUAGUGUUGCUGUGAUUACAACCACAAAUAUGUUCUCACAAAAUUAAAGAGUCUGGAGAAUGGUAUCUCACAUUGAGUUGUUUCGUAAUAUUGAGUACUUGGCUUUGCAGGAAAACUUGUGGCCCUCAUGGAAACAUCUUCUAAUCACGAGAUGAGUACUCACUGUGUACAACUCGAGGUACAAGGGCUGAAAAUUCAGGAGGAAAUGUUGUAAUGAUUCAAUGCAUCUGAUUUUUUUUCUUUGUACUGUAUACAGCAAUGAUAACACAAUGUCCUUUGUGGUGAAGGUAUCAGUUAAACAGGGCAACAACAUCCAUGACAGAGAAAUGGUGGGGUUCUGUAGGAAUCUGUCUGCCCUUACAUUUACAUAACCACAACUGGCAGUACUGCAUGACUCUAACUGUAAACGAAAACAAAGUGCUGGUUUCCUGAGUAGGAAACCAUUUCAUCGUGUGUGUGUGUGUAGGUUUGUUUUGCUGCAUUUCGGGAGUGCUUCAAUUAGUGCAUUUGCUGUUGUGGUGUCUUUUAAAUUAUUGUUAGCCUCCGCUUAGCUGCUCUGGUCUGUAGAGGUCAGCUACCCACAAAUUUCUCUUUCCUCUUUUGGGUAAUGGUGGCAUGGGCUGAACUCAAACCCUCUGGUUGUUCUGAAUAGGGUUAGCUGAAGUUGGUGAAAACAAACGCUGUUUUGUUGUGUUUUCUUUUCUUUCUGACUCAGAAAUCACAGUGAAAUAGUGUGGUUCUUCCACUAAAGAAAACAUUCCUCUAUAAAUCUUCAGUAUAUCUUUCUGUAAAUGGCAAGUACUGUUUAGUUGGUAAUACUAGCAGGGAGCAAAGAUGCUGAGACUUCAAGCUGUGAAUGAGAGAUCGAAAGAAUGAAGUUUAAAGAACAGUUUCAUUCAGCUGUUACUUGAAGUGUUUGAUACGCUCAGAUCUAUUCAAUUCUUGGACUUGCAGUGGGUUAUUUGUACCCAAGUAAGAACUGGAUGUUAGGCCCACAGUGCACAGGAAUGGGGUAAUACUCCUGAUGGUGGUGGUAGGCGAUGCUCUGUUGGUAUUAUAAAUACUGGAGAAAUUAGAGUUUGGCUUAUAUGACAGCCUGACUAUAUUUCUGCAUGCUGUCUUUCUCUCUUCCCUCCCCCCAGCUCCCUUGUAUGUGUUUUGGUUCCUGUGAAGCUGCAGUGCUGUGCAUGGUUCUAUUGCUGUAACCACAUUAAUGCUGUGUGCUCUUCCUGAGAAAUCUUUGAUUGGAUUGGAAUUAUUUUCACUUUUUUUGCUUUGCUCUUUCAAAAACUGUGGAUCUUGCUGCAGCUCAUUGAUUGCUGUAUAAAAUGAAGUAGGGCUUUUCUUUCUCCUGACUUGUGUCUCACAUAGAGUGUUGCUUCCUUGGAUCUCACAGUUCCUUUCUACAGUGCUUUCCUCAAUGGGGCUUUGAAUUUUGGCUGUAGCCUGCAGGAGUUUGUUUGCUAUUAACAAAGCAUUUGUUUAAUCUGUGCCUUAAACGGGUGCCUUUUGUUUAUCUUCCAAUGCUUUUCUUUAAAAAGAAGUCUUUGAAAAACGAGGUAUAACCAUAAAGGUGCUGCAACUAAACAGCAUAUGUGGGGGGGGGGGGUUCUGCUUGUUAAUUUUUUCUAACAAGAACCUUGGAGUUUUCAUUCCUCUCCCGCAGUUCAGACAGCAGCCUAUGAAUUUAUGCAGAACUACUUCAUUGAUUUUCAGAGUACUUGCAAAUGUCACUUUGGUUGGCUACGUAAUUUUUCAUAGCGAUUGGUCUGCUUGUACUUUGAUAAUGCUGCCUCGUGCUUUUUAUGUUCUCCUAUCUCUGCUUUGUAGCACAAAUGUUUAGGAGGAAGCAAGAAUUCUCUCUGGGCCAAGAAAUAUUCCCUUAAUUGUAUUCUGAGAGUGCCAGUUGUGCUGGGAUUGUGAUGUGUACCUGGGAUUUGUGGAUGCAAGUUGUAUCCCUCUCCAAAUCAAUUCAGUGAUUAUUCUAUUCCCAGCAGCAGCCCAGGUGAUGCUGAGAAGUAGUUAUUUUCUUCAGCAACUGACCAGAGUGAAAAAUAACUCCAUAAAGAAAUCUUGAAGCUACGUCACUCUUUCAUAAUUAAUGCAGGAGUGAUUUGUAAGGUAAACAGUUUUUUUCCACGUUCAGAACUUUCUUUUCAGAAAACCAGAUUACAUACAACUUCAGAGAGAGUUUGGACUUCAACCAGCAUACAUACGUAUUGUAACAGCUCCUAGUUGAACCUUGGAACAGGUUUGGUUGUCUGGAGAAAGGGUAGAUAACAGCAUAAGAUGAUGCUUGAGGAGGGGGGGGGAGGGGUAGACAUCCUUGCCUGUGACUGCCUGUUUCUGGGAACUUUGGAGUUUGGCUUUUUUCUUUCCUUUUCGUCACAUUAACCUUUCCAGCUGUCUGCCUUCUCCUGCUCAGCUUUUCCACCAUAUGCCAUAGCAUAGCAACAACAUCUGUCCUAAAAAAAAAAUAAUCAUUAAUGUUCUUAACUCAAUGAGAAGUUUCUCCUAUCUGCAGUUAUCUUAACAAACUUCAGUGCAGUCUACAGUUCCAUCUCUGAGAAGAAAGUAUACUGAUGGGGAAAUAGCAUUACUCCUUGUUUACUGAAAUAGGACUGUUUCUGUAUUUUAUUUCUUGUCCUGGUUCUUUUUCAGAGACAAUUCACAUCUCUGAAUUGGCCAUCUAUUCCUGCAUUUGAAAGUACACAUUCAGAAGCAUCAGCUCAGAUUUUCAGUACUUUAUUGAUGUUGGUGAGCUGUGAAUGCCAGAAACUCAUCGUACGGCCUCCAAUAGUUCUGAAAUAGUUUCAUUGGCAUAAAGCUUUUUCAUGACUUCAUUCAGCCCAUGACUGUGGUGUAAUUAUGUCUCCUCAUCCACGUGUUCUGUUUUAUUUUAGUCAUUCUUCUGAUCCUCUGACAUGUUAUUUGGUAAUGUCAAUUGAUUUGGUGCAUCCAGUAUGUACUCGUUUUUCAUUCAGCAGGAGCUAACUUGGGAAAUGGUUCCAUAUUUGCACGAUGACGUGCUCACUGCUUACUGCAUCCUGCCUGCUUAAGGCAGGGGAGAAGUGCCACAAAUCUGGUUGGAGCUGAAUGGAUCGAAUGCCCCUUCUCUAUUCAAUAGCAACCUGAAGGAAAGUCAUCAUGGGAGCAUUUUUAGACAAGCCAAAGAUGGAGAAGCAUAAUGCCCAAGGGCAAGGGAAUGGGCUUCGUUAUGGUCUGAGUAGUAUGCAAGGCUGGCGAGUCGAAAUGGAGGAUGCACAUACAGCUGUGAUUGGUUUGCCAAAUGGACUUGAUGGAUGGUCAUUUUUUGCUGUAUACGAUGGGCACGCUGGAUCACAGGUUGCCAAGUACUGCUGUGAGCAUUUAUUAGAUCACAUCACAAGCAACCAGGAUUUUAAAGGGCCAGAUGGGCCACCAUCUGUGGAAAGUGUAAAGAGUGGCAUCAGAACAGGUUUUCUGCAAAUUGAUGAACACAUGAGAGUCAUCUCUGAGAAGAAACAUGGUGCAGACAGAAGUGGGUCAACAGCUGUGGGUGUCAUGAUUUCUCCCCAACAUACAUACUUCAUCAACUGUGGAGACUCAAGAGGUUUACUUUGUAGAAACAGGAAGGUUCACUUCUUCACACAGGAUCACAAACCAAGCAACCCACUGGAGAAAGAGCGUAUACAGAAUGCAGGCGGCUCUGUGAUGAUUCAGCGUGUGAAUGGCUCUCUUGCUGUUUCAAGGGCACUCGGGGACUUUGAUUACAAAUGUGUCCAUGGGAAAGGUCCUACAGAACAGCUAGUCUCCCCAGAGCCUGAAGUUUAUGAAAUUGAGAGAUCAGAAGAAGAUGAUCAGUUCAUCAUACUGGCUUGCGAUGGUAUCUGGGAUGUUAUGGGAAAUGAAGAGCUCUGUGACUUUGUAAGAUCCAGACUUGAAGUCACUGAUGACCUUGAGAAAGUUUGCAAUGAGAUAGUUGACACCUGCUUGUACAAGGGAAGUCGAGACAACAUGAGUGUGAUACUGAUCUGUUUUCCGAAUGCACCAAAGGUAUCACCGGAGGCGGUGAAAAGAGAGGCAGAGUUGGACAAGUACCUGGAAAGCAGAGUAGAAGAGAUCAUAAAGAAGCAGGGUGAAGGAGUGCCAGACUUAGUCCACGUGAUGCGUACGUUAGCAACUGAGAGCAUCCCAAACCUCCCGCCAGGGGGUGAAUUGGCAAGCAAACGGAGUGUAAUUGAAGCUGUUUAUAACAGACUGAACCCCUACAGGAAUGAUGAUACUUCUGGAUUAUCCAGAAACUGCUGUAACUAUGGGCACUCCAGACUUUAAAGGGCUCCUUCUUUUUUCUUUAAGGAUUCUGCCUCAACUGAUGAUAUGUGGUAAAACUGCUCAUCUAGCUGUGGAGUUCACGUUUCAUUCUUCAAAUGAAAGUGCAGCCCAACCUCAGUGACCCUUCUUAACAUCCAUCCUCAAUAUUAAUUAAAGAAGGGAGUAUGAUGUGUUGGUGAGAUUGACUGCAGCAGAAAACUACAGCAGUACGACAUCUAGCCCAGGAACUGAUCUUUUUAUGUAAAACAGACUUCUGUAAACGUGAUUUCAAACCAUAAUCCAUGUUGUAAAUCAGACUCCAGCAAUUUAUGUUGUAUGAUUUUGUUUUUUUUGUAAAGUGCAAUUGUCUUUGUACAAAACGCUCAUAUUUAAUUAUGAACUGCUUUAAAUCACUACAAAGGUUAGAAGAAAUGUUUGACUUGUGUGAUGCAACAAUAUAUAUCCCUUUAAAUUCAUGUUGUGGUUUUGGAUUGCAAGGAGCAGCAGCCUAGCCAGCUAGGUGCUCAAGAGGUGCACAAAACUGUAAAGAUAAUGUUUUAUCUUCUAUGAAAGCUGAUCUUGUGGGCGACUUUCCCAAAAUCACAGUAGUGAAUUUGCUUGGCAAUGGAAAAACAAGAGAGUAGUGCACGUUCUUCAACAAGCGGAUCUUGUUCUCUCAGAGGUACUCCUGCUCUCACAUUGAGUUGAAGGGAGUUCUGAUUUCGACUUCGGUGGGAGUUAAAUCAUGCCCUAUUAAUAGUAUCAUGUGUUCAUAAGCAUAUGAACCUCGAGAUUAGAAUGCCUCGAUUCUCUGCACCUCUUUUCAUUAACCCUUACCUGAAAGUACGAAUCACUGAGCACAAACAGGCAGCUUUCUACAUACCGUAGGAGUCUGCAGCAUUUUUACAAUCUUAAUUGGCUGGAUCUGCUGCUGUUCCAAGUGAAAUACUUUGAAUUCCAUUUUAUCAAUAAAGCUUGGUUUAACAAACAAGAAAUUUAUCCAUAAAUGUGUAAUUCCUUUUUUCCUGCCUUUUAAAAUGUCAGUGCCAUUGUAAAUGAUCUUUUACACGUGGAAGAAUAUUUUUAUUAAUUGGUAGCCCAUUUGUAAAAUGGGAAGAGUUUUGAUUAUUGCCCAAGACAUAGCCAUAUGGUAGGGGGUGAAGUGGGAUUAAUCUGUGACCCUGUUUUUUUACGAGUAUGGAUUUUUUCAGGCUUCUUUUCUCCCCACUGGAGAUGUGCAUUGGUUUGAAUUUGCCUACUGUUUGAUAAAAAAUACAUUUGUCAAAGCCUGACAAUCUUUAACAUUUUAUGGUGUGUGUUUUUAAUUGACCCACUUACUUACAACGAGAGACUAGUGGUUAAACAGUACUUGUGAUUAGAGAUAUAGCAUGUUGAUGAUAUCUAACUGUUUGUUGUUUAAAAUUCUAAUUUAAAAUUUUAUGAGAGAAGAAACUAAGUUGAUUUCAGGUUAGCUUUCUCCCAUUGAACAUGCAAAAUUAAGUUUUGAAGUCAGUCGUGUUUGCAAAACUGCUGUUUUGUGCACCUUGUGUUGUCUUUUUGGUUGCGUGUAUUGUACUUAAUAUGUAGUUUACUCAUUUAGUAGGCAGAUUCCCCCAAAAGGAAAAUCAGUAAAGCAAGUAGAUUGUAACAUUUACUGCAGUUAAACAGAAUCAAAACUUGGUGUAUAAUUAUUUUGAUAGGACAACGUAGUACAAUGCAUUUUGCUGUGUGUCUUUCCCUAACUUUGAAAUACACAUAUUUGUAUAUAUAGCCUUAAAACUAAUGCAGAGUUAGGGAGCACUGAACAGUGAAAAAGUAACUUAUAGUGUCUUGGAACUAAGUAUAGUAUAUACCAGCAAACUUUUCUUUUUAUCCCUCUUGUCUGUGUGGGGUGCUUAAAGCGUAACUUCAUUGUAUUCAGUUUGUAAUCUGUUGGAGCAUGAAUGAAGAAAACAUAAGCACUAUUUGUAUUUAUAAAUUUCUAGCAGUUUUUGCUUAAAGAACCAGUUCCUUACCUACCUAUGAAUAAAUGCUUAAAAUGUCUAAUUUUGUUGUAGAGUGCAAAACUAUAAUAACGUUAAGUUAUAGCUUCACAGGCACCUAAUUAACAGGCGUAUUUAAUGAUACAUGGCGUGUUAGUGCAAAAAGCUGAACGCAAUUUAGGACUAGGCAGAUAAGGUUCUGUCCUUCUUCAUAUAGACUGAAGUUCAGGUUUGGAAACUGCAAAACCUCGAACUGGACUGGGGAAACCUUUUCCGUUUCAAACUUGUAAAAAUCAGAAGCAAAACUGUGGUGUGUAAAGCCAUACUUCAUAAUCGCUUAAACUGUCUCAGUGACAAAUGGGUAUAGUUGAAGCCUCUUCCUGUGAGGCCUCCUGAAGGUUAGGAAGAUCGUACCUCUGCUGUUGUGACAGGUGCUGUAACUGGGAUUGAGGGCAGUGGCAGAAAGCCCGUUUCAGGCCUUUCUCCCUCCCACCUCUGUUCAGCGUUUUGAUGAGGUCAGAGCACUGAAUCUAUUACGUAUGCAUCGACACUGCCGUUUUAGAUACAGAUUUUGAUUACAAAAUACACUAAUUAUGUAAAGCAUCCUAGAAAAGAGGCAAGCUGUACUUUUCACUGCUCUGAAAAAGAAAAAGGCACUUUUGCACGUUUGUGCAUCUCCUUCUUGCACCAGAAACUUUUCUUUAAUGCUAAAAACAUUAGCACCUCAGGGCAAGGCAGCAAGUUUUUCUUUCUGAAGUACUGUGUGCUAUUUAUUUCCCUCGUGGGAAAAGAUUCCUGUGUGACAAAAAUGGAAAUUGUGUGAUGUUAAAAGAUGUAUUUUUAAAUACGUGUUCAAAUAGGACGGUCCCAAUUUGAUAUAUUUGUAAAGCUACUUCGCUCUCUAUGCCGUGCAACUUUGUUUUCCUUCUACAUUGAACAGCUUCACUGGCUUCAGUUUCCUGUGAGCUUUGUUGCAGUCAGAUUAAAUGUUUCACUUGGUCGUUCUGAGAAAAUACUGCUUUAUAGACAACUGUUUCAUAUAAUUCUCGCUAAUUCAGCAUUGAAAUACGUUCAAGACAGAAGCUUCUUCUAAAAUUGUGAUUUAAAACCAGUGUUGGAUUAACUAAGUGUGGUUAUGUUAAGCAGGGCUCCAGACUUGCAAGGCUUUGUAAAUCCAUUGUGUCAGUCGCAUCCUGGUACCCGCAGUGGGCACAGAUCAGCGGGUCCUGAGCAAGCAGUGGCCUUUCAGCUGGCCUACACUUAGGUAGUCUGUAAGCAGCUCUACAGAGCCCCUGAUGCGUGGCCAUCCCUCAGUGUGAUCUCCAGCAGAAGUCAGAAUUGGAGAUGGAAAUUAUGCCUUCUUGUUAUUAACCUAUGCCGAAUUGUGGUAAUUCGAGGUUGUCUCAUGCUAGCAAGAUGCCUACAGAAUAUUAAACAGCAGAUGAGGAAUUGUAGCACUGACCUUGGUGAUUCAUGCAGGUACCAAAGUCGUUCAUCUUAAUAUGUGCUUAGGAUACUGACUUGAAUGGCAAUGAAAUUGUUUACUGUGGAACUGAUACUGUCUCAGCUGUAUAGGUUAAAAUCUGAGCCAUUUUGAUUAGUUCAAGAAUUGGAAACUUCAGGGUGAUUUAGUAAAACUGGGGAGUAGUUUGCAUUGCAGCUGAUACCCUGCUAAGAAUCUCAUUUUGACUUGUUACACUGGGAUAAUACAGGCUUUCUGUUGCAUUUUGUUUUUUUAAUAACUUAUAAACUAAGGAUAUGGUUUCAUGAUGAACUAAUAUCAAGACUGAGCUAUUGCUGUAAGUUUCCUUCCACUGCCCGCUUUGUGUCAGCAGUAGUGCUUAUGUGACUGUGCAGUUAUGAGAGGGAGGGGAGACCGAGGCCUGUGCUCUUCAGCUCGGAUAAGUGGAUGUUCCAAGUACCUGGUGCUAGCGCUGGGAAGGCAGGGCUGUGACCCGAGGAAUGGAUGCAGCACUCCUUCUGCCACAGCUGGGGAAAUCAGAGCCUCAGUGCAGAUAAAUGACGGACUUACAUAGGAAAUAUCAGAGCCUUUGCAGAUCUUUCUCCACACUGUGCUUAAGACAAAUAUUUUACCUUGGUCAGCAUUCUUUUACCUGAAACUGGAAUCAUGAAACUUUGAGUUUAAUGUCUUGUAUGGGAGCUCCAUGCUGACAAAUGUACUUUUUAUUAACUGUCUGUGUUUGUAUGCAGCUCUGUCCCAAGAGAGAGAUGAUAGCAUGGCUGUCACAAUUAACGAAAAGGCUCUUAGAGUUUACCAUAUUUCAGUGUACAGCAGGAUUUCAUCAUGUUAAGAUGUUCACUUGAAUUUCUACGAGUGCAUUCUUGAACUGCUGUUUGGCCACAUCACUUGGUACAUUUAAAUUUCUUGGUAUUUAAACUUGGCUAUUUCAGCAACAGGUGAACCUUUAGUCAAACAUUACCCUUUUUCCUCAUCAUUGGGCAAAUACAAGAUUUUAAUAAAAACCUGAUGUACCUGGCUUAGAUUAAGAAACAGCAGAACUGGGUAGAGCUGGGGAGCCCUAUUCCCUUAGGAAUUGGAAUUGUUACUCCCUGCCAAGCUUCUGGAGGUGUAAAAAUGUCUUCAGGAUAGCUGCUAUCACUCCUUGUUCCGGCAGCUGUGUGCAUUUGAGAUGAUCAUGACCCAAGCCUUCAUAUGACAUUACAGGGUGCAAAGUCUCUACUUGACUGGAUAGAUUUUUAACUCUUUAAGUGGUAAGAAGAGGCUCCACAUGUGAAUUUCUGGGGUGUUGUAUCGCAUAAAAUGAAUGCAAUUCCUUGAGUGAGCCAUUAAAAUACAUAAAAACAGAAUGAAAUUUGCAGGUAGCAAUCUGGGCUAAGUAUUUUGGAUAGAGCAGUGUUGAUCAGAGGAUGCAGCCUUCUGGUGAGCUCUUCCUGGGCUGCUUCUGGAGCACUUGCACAGUCUGCAGCUCAGACAUUGCCUUUGGAAGCUUUUUGUACCCUUGUUUUGCUUCAUACUGGUGUUGCUUUGUGAAUGAGGUAGCAGUCACCUGGGCCAUGGCAUUUGGUCACAGAAGCUCAAGAGGCUGCAGGAGAACUUAAAGCUUUUGUUUGCAAUGGUAGACAGCUAAAUGCUUUCAAGUACAAAAAGAACCGCCAGCAUGCUGAAAAUUAGGUUUACAUCACCUCCUGCUGAAAAUGGAUUUCCAGGAGAAUCCUACGAAAUUUGCUUAGUACAUGAAAAAGUCAGGCACUUUAAUCUGAUUACGUUGUAGUUGUCGACUUGUAGCAAGCCAUAUCUUUAUUUCAUUUUCCUUUCAGGUAGCAGUAAAACAGUUUUCUUUCUUAUCUCUAAUGUAACAGUGCCUACAGGAUCCUUGCUUCCCAGCUAGGAGUCCAGGAGCUGUUGUGGUGUCUUAGGAAAGGGCUUCUGAGGAGGUGCGUGUUAUUUACAACAAAAAUCUUAGCCUUCGCAGGCACAGAAUUUGGAAAAGUGAGCUUAACAUAAAGAACGCCUUCUGUGGGAUUAAUGACAUAGUUUGAGAAUUUCACAACUUCAGUGAGAUGGGAUGAUAGGUCAGACUUCAGGUUUAUGUAUGUUGUUAUGCCUAACCAAACUUUUAUGUUUAACUCGUACUGAUUCCCAUCUGAAUGCUUUUUAAAAUAUCUUCUAUGUUGAAAUAAAAAUAAAGUAGUAAGAGAGGGAGAAAACCAAUGCUCCUUUCUACUGUAUAACCAGCAAUUUGUUUGCAGGGAUGAGUGCUGUGUCAGACGGUAGCAUUUUUCUCUAAGAGCACUGCAUCCACACUUCCCAGCUCACUCAAUAGCACUGAGCCAAAACUGACGUUCAUGUGUGCUUCCAUUAACUGUAUGGCUCUGAAGAGCUGGUGGAACCACGUGUUCUUGAUGGCUGAAGUAGGCAGGGCUCUUGACACGUAUUGUGAGUGAGCCUCCAACGCAAGGGAAAUGCCAUUGUGAUUUCUCUUGAGAAGUGUCUUUGUGAAUUAAAAGGAGAAAACAGACUUGCAGGUCAGAAAACAUUACGUACUUUUACUUCUCUUGAUACUUGUAGGCUGAGGUCUCCAGAGUUUAGUUUCAUCUGUAUCGCUGAAUUCAACUCAGUUUGAGCAAUGGAAAUGCUGGUUGCCUAUUUCAUUUUCACUGUUGGGUUUUCAGGCUGCAGCACAGUAUUUCAGUUUACACUGCAAGGGAAAAUGGAACUUAAGUGAUCUUAGGAAAAUGGAAGUGCAUACUUAACAACAGCCUGCUGAUGUUGGUGGAGAGUCGCUCCCAAUACACAGAGUUUGCACGAGUAUUGUUGCAGCCUUAGCUGUCCUACUUCUGUUGGGAGUUAAAUGUAAUCAUUAUUUGGAUUUGGUUUUGAACAAAGAUUUCAAAGCCGAAGGGGAAGAAGGUGACAGUCCUAAAGCGAAGCGGUAGAUUAAUUAGAAUUAAUAAUGUCCUAAUUCUUUGAGUAUGCAAGUCAGCAGUUUUUUCCUUUUAAAACAUCAGAAGGACAACAUUUAAGAGGUUCCGGUCUUUCAUGCACUGUUUUUUGGCUUUAAGAAUAAAAGGAUGGAACCCAAAAUGAAUUACCUGGGAUGGGAAUGCAAAGAGGCCCUAAACCCUUAGGAAUAAAUGUGCUGAAUAUGCAGAGCAUGGUUUCCACGUCCAUUAAUGGAACUACUGAAAACAUCAGUGCUGGCAUUUUAGGGAGCUUUUGUUCUUGCUGAGUGUUUGAUGCUGGACCCUCAAGUCUGCCGAGUGUGAAACUCUCAGACAUGUAAAUGGGAAGCUGGGCAUUAUGCGAUGUUCCCCAGUCUGCAAGGUGCUGGAGGAGCCGUUCCCAUGCCUUCUGCUGCUUGCUGCCAUAGGAACAGCUUGAUGCUGGAAACUGGGAUUUCCUACCGUCUGUUGCUGGUGUUGUGAUUCACGACGACUAUGAGUACCAAGAGUAGAGUUGCAUUUAUUAACCAGGUCUAACUUUUUGGUGCCAGGAAUCUUGUUUGUAGAGGGCGUGCUGAGUGUUGCAAGUGUUGAUAGCUAGUCGUGCCAGGCAGUUCAGUGCUCAGGUAACUGAAUCACUGGUGACAAGGGGUUAAUAGGAGACACGAGCCUAGGUUCUCCUGGCCAGGGAAUAUGGAUAAUUGAGAAGUGAGUCUAUAGCAUUUCCAGAGCUGGCUGCUUCAUUAAUGUUUCAAAGCAGAGAUUUUGGUUUUUAGCAUCUGUCUUGUUACUAAGGCUAUGUACAAACAUGCUGAAUUAGAGAGUUCUCACCUGUCUCCUCGCAGCGUUAACUCCACGUCGUACCAUGGAAGUCUCGUUUGUAGUGACAUGCUGUGCCUGUCUUUUUAGAAGAUUCAUGACCUCUUUAUAUCUAUUUUGUGGAAAGUGUAACUUUUUCAUCGAUGACUUGUAUAAAUGUGUGUUACAAAUGGAGAGAUUUAAGCUUGAAAAGCAUGUUUGCAGAAUACACGGCUUCGUUAUGGAAUUUAUAAAUUUAACAGAGUAAUAUACCAGAGCAUAACUAUUUUCCUUAAGUAGAAUGUAUAACAAUAUAUAAUAAUUUAUUCUCCACAUAAUUCACCAAUAUUUACAGUUUUACACAAUUCAAACUGUGUGUUUACAGAAAGUUCAAUAAAUGUAUAUUUUGUACUAUGUACAGAUUCCUGGUCCCAAAGAAAAUGUGUGAACUUCUUAGUUUCUAACUAAACUUUUGAGAUUGUACCUUUCUUUUUUGGUUUGGAAUCAGUUGAACGAACUGCGUUACGCCUGUUGAUGGUGGAGGCUUGCUUUGGAGUAAAUGGGAAUUGGAAAUAUUUCUAAUCUACAAAAGUGAUUCCACUAAAUAAAACAGGCAAUGACCUUG